ACGAGAUUGAGAUUGGUAGUACUAUUACUAAAACUAUAGAUUUGAUUUUUAUAUUGUUUAUUGCCUCCUAAUAUUCGUUUCAAGGUUCACGAAGGCUCACUUAAUUUGUUUUGCUUUGUUGCCUUGUUGACUUUCUUUGGUUUUACUGUAAAUAUCUGGGUAUUUCAAACUUGUUGAUGGUAUUUUACCAGUUGAUGGUAUUUUACCAUAGGCAGAGUAUUUUUUUUCGACGAACUAUAGUGUGUUAACCAUUCAGAGACAUUCUAGACCAACAAGUGUUACUUCUGAUACUUCAGUACUAUCAUUGAGAUGGAUAUGGAUGUACCAACAAAGCUGGAACAAAGAAAUGAAAGGAAACGCAAGUUUCAACCAGCUACAUUUGAAAAGAAAAAGGUGUGUGUGGACAGUUAUUCAUGGUGGACCAAUAUGAUGUUGGAUGUAGCACAAGGAGAACAUUUACAAGUCUCAACUGUAACUACCAGAAAAUUAGAAUGGAAUAAAUAAUCCAAUUUGUGAUUAGUUGGCAGAAUGGCAUCUUUGACAAACACUGCAGCUGGAGUAAUUUGGGUCAAGCCAGUGUAAAAACCUAAGAAUCUGAAAUGUUUAUUGGAUUUCCUCAAGUUAUGCAAUAAAAUAAAUGGGACAGUUAGGUGAUGUUUGCAAAAGAUAAAACAUGCAGGUGCAGCAGGUUGCUUGCUGAUAUUCAUUAUUCACCUCAUACAAGUGGUAUAACUACUAGAUAAUGAACAUUUUUAUCCUGAGGUUAUAAAGGGUGAGGAAAAGUUGAUAAGGUUUAGGAUUGGAGUGAAGUAUAUGAAUUAAAAGAUUGCCACAUUCUCAAUAUGAGGAUUGAGAAUGUGAUAAGGUUUUAUAUGGGAUAAAUGUGGCAAAAUGAUUAAAAAAAAAUGGAAAAUACAGUGAAAGAAACCAAGGAAAUGUAUUCACUAAUUUCUUUGUAAGAAUCUUUGGAAGGCCACCAUAUAAAAUAUUUGGAAUGUACAGUAGAAUGAGUAGAUAGUGAAUCGGGUUCAAUCGGCACUGAUCAGAUCAAUGAAUGAGUGAAUGCGUAUCCUGCUGCGGUUAGUUUCAAAUGGCCAUGCGCUAUGGCGGGUAACUCAAACAAUAACAAAGCAAUGUAACAAUUUAAUUAUUGGCGGUGAUCAAGCCGUCGUUUAACCACAUUUUAUUGUCAAUUUUAUGGUUGAAAACCGUUAAAAUGUUCACAAAACUAAAACAAAAGAUAGCGGAAGAAGACCACAGUGAUUUAGGCUCGUCGUUACCUUCGAGUCCAUCGUCAAGCAGAAAAUUUCGCCCUGUUUCGAAAGAAAAUAAGUGGCACAGGCGCCGCAUGAAUAGUGUUAGUAGUUACUAUGGAUCGAGGGAAUCUAUUUUUACAGAACCUGGUUUUAUAUCAAGAGAUCCAUCAUUCACGAGUAAUGUGGCAAAUGGUAUUGGUGAUGCCUCUGAUAAUUUAGAUGGGAUUUCUAAACGCAAUAAACCAAGAAAAGAUCUAAUGUCUGUCUUACGUGAGAAAAUGCAAGAAAUCAAUAAAUUGAAGGAUAAAUUAUCAGAAUAUGAAGAGGAAAUUGAAAGAUGGAAAGGGUUAUAUGAGGGGCAAGCCAUUAGGGAGAAAGAAUUGAGAAAAAAUGUUGGGAACAAAUAUCAGAUGUCUCGAACCCAAAUUGAUGCCAGACAGAAAGCACUUGAUAUCUUAGAAAAAAGUUCGCAAUUGGAUGAACUUGAUCAAGCAUAUAAAGACCAAAAAUCUCAACUUUCCUCUAUGAUGGAAAAACUUGACGAAUUAACAAAACAAAGAUGUCAUUUUGAAGAAGAAGAACAAAAGUUAAAACAACAAACCUCGAAAUUGGAAACGGAAAAUAAAACAUUAAAAUGUCAAUUGAAUGACAUUAUUACAGAAGUAACACAGAAAUCGGUUGAGUUGAGUAAAGUUCAGAAAUGCUUGGAGAUAAGAGAGAAGGAAUUAAACGAUUUGCAAGAGUCGUAUAAUAAUCUGAAGACACAGACGUCCACCGAUGUAGUAGAAAAGGACAACAAGAUUAAAAAUUUAGAGAACAGGAUUGCGAAGGGUGAAUCGUCCCAUUCAGAUUUAGCAAAUAGUGAAGAUGAUUGGAUGGGCGAUUGUUUGAAAGAAGGAAGAGAUAAAUCCUCCGAAAUAAAUGCUCUCGCGACUUUGGUUGGAUCACUAAAUGAAAAACUCGAAAGAAAAGACAAGGAGCUUACAAGCUGUAAAUUGGUUGCUGAAGAAACUAUGGAUGAACUUAAACAAAAGAUUAGAAACUUAGAAAGCAAUCUAGAGAAAUAUCAGAAUGAAGAACGAAGCAAUGAUCAGUUAGACGCUUUAAAACAACGAAAUUCAUAUUUGGAGAAAGAACUUGAAAAUGUCCGUGGUCAGCUGACGUCAGCAAAAAGAUCAAAGGAGACUCGACCAACAUGGAGACGGUCCAAUGACACUAAGACUGAGGAGAGAUCUCGUAACACAGAGAAAGAAUUUCGUCAGAAAGAAGCGAGAUACGAAAGUCAACUGGCUGAUUUACAAGAGGAAAGAGACCAACUGCAGUCUGAGUUACUGAUCAAAGAUGACGAAUGUGCCCAAGUCUCUCUUUGUCUUGAUGAAGCGUUGAAGAAUACCAACGAUUUAAAACAGCAGAUCAAAACCCUAGAACUGGAGUUAGGAGAGAAAGUAAAUGUUGGUGGAUUACGAAUAAAGUCUGGAGAAGUUCAAGGAAUGACUGGAAGUGUUGAAAUCAUGGAAGCACUUCGUAGAGAACUAGAACAGAGCAGAGAACAUAAUAAACACGUGGAUGACGAGCUGCAGGAAAGAAAUGAUACAAUUUCUGGUUUACGAAAUGAAGUACGACAGAAAGAUGACGAGCUUAAACGAUACCGAACGAAACUGGUACAGUUUGAGGAAAACAACAAACUCGCCGACAGAAAACGAAUGAUCGACGUAACAUCGAACAGGAAUGAUUAUCACCACACGACGAAAGAUUCUUAUAAAAAUAGUUUUUCACACAAGACGCGAUUAAAAGAAUUGGAUGAUCAACUUAAAUUGCGAGAGGACUUAGAAAGAAUUAGUUUGGAGGAAAACGAAAGUUUACGAAGACAAAUCAACGAGAAGGACUUGAGAAUAAAGACGCUUCAACAGAAAUUAGUUGAUCUUAAAAAAGCUUUUCAACGCGAGCUAAAAUCGUCUUCAGUCGAUUGUCUUGAGAUAAACGGUACAACAGAGAAAUAUAAUGUCAAGACUGGAUUAUUGGUCUCUUCCUCUACCCAAACUGAUAAUGAAGAAUUGGAGUAUUUAGACAUGAACUUCAAAUAUCUCAAGCAUGUCAUCAUUAAGUAUAUGUGCAGCACGAACGAAAAGUCAAGACAAAUGCUACCUAUAGUUGGCCAUCUGCUUCGUUUAUCACCUAAAGAACUAGAUCUCAUUAAAGAUACUUUUGAGUGGAAAUUACCGCUGGAUUAACAUACUGUCCGUAUCAAAUUAACUAUAGCUAAUAAAUUUUUUUUAUUUUUAUAAAAGCAUACUUUCAAAGCAUA